AUGACUAACAUCGAUUGGGGCCUCUUGAUGGUGAAGGCAGAGGAGGAGUAUGAGAUGGAGAAAGCGAUUGCCAACGAUGAGAUGAUCGCUCACGCUGUCCAUGAGGAGGAACUCAUAAGCCAAGUCGAGGGAAUGAUGGAGGCCAUUGUUAGUGAUGAGGCCAUCGCACACCUCUUGGCAGCAGAGGUGAAGAUGGGCGGUGACUCCGACACUGAUGACAGUGAGGAGGAGGAGGAUGAGGAGAUGGGCGGCGACUCUGACAUGACUGACGAGGAGGAGGAUGAGGAUGAGGAUAUGGGCGGUGACUCCGAUGUGACUGACGACGACAGGAGGAGGAGGAGGAGGAGGAGGAUGAGAUGUGCGACUCCGACAUGA